UACGGCGUCAGGUGCUGCUUCCUGUAUAAAAUUGUGGCCUGGUCAGGCAACGAUGGUAUGUCUAACGAGAGAAUGGUGAACGUGGCAUCGCCGGCUUGUUCAGGUGUGUUGCGCUCUUUCUUUUUUUCUUUUCCCAGUUCACUGCUGUCUCCUCGAGCGAAUAAUUAAAGGCAUUCCCAGCGAUGGACGAACACCCCGACGAAUCUCAGUCGCAGGAAUCUUACGUCACAUCACCCACGAAGGCGCCGCGCCAAAGGCAGCGUAGCCCGGACGAACGCAGAGACAGACGGGUCGAGGCAGAAGAUGUCACCGAAGAUCAAGAAUACCUGCUAGACGUCGACGCGAGCUCGAAACGACCGCGCCAUGAAAAAGAAUAUAGCCCCGUCGCUCAGGGCUACGACGAAGGCUGCGAUGGAAGCCCUAUACCGACUGGACUCUGCAUGGAUACCGUGGAGAGACAAAGAGACACCAGCCCGUAUGCCGGAGAAGAAACGCGCGCAACCAGGGCAUCCGAGACCCGCGACGAGGGCGACCAAAUCCCCGCGGCGAUCUCGGAGGCUCCAGACGGGCCUAGGCGGCGAGAGCCGAGGGAAACUGCGGCGAGAAAGGACGUCCGCGCAAAAGCGCCUGCGCCCUGGGCGCCGAAGUACGAGUUUUCGACGAGCUCGUCAAGUUCGGAGCUGCGGCCGGUAGACCUGCCACCGAUGGGGAAGCGGCAACCUGCGGCCAGGCCCGAAAGACCGGUGGAACGUCGCAAGAGUAGCAAAGCCAGCGUGGGCGGGACGUCUACGGCUUCGGACCGACUGCCAGCUUCGACCGUGAGCGCGUCGAGGAGUAGGAGCCGUGUAUCGCGAGCGAGUUACAAGCCGACACGAUCUGAUGCGACCGCACCGCCGCCUGAGGAUCGACCCUCGGACACGGCACCACGGACGGCUGGGCCAGGACCAUCAAAGACAACCACGUCGCUUAAGGAGCCUACCCGCGCGGAUUCCACUGUCAAGACUCCACGGCAUCCGAGACAACCCAGCCGGAGCGCUGUCAGCCACAGCAAUAUCAGCCGCAAGUCUAUCACGAAGCAGGCGUCUCAAAGAUCCAUCAGUGCUGGUGCAGCGGGCAGGAAACCCCAGCCCACUGCUGAGCCGAACGUCGCCGAAGCCAGCCGAGUCAGUACGGCUUCAGGGAAACGACAGACUCCAGGAAAGGCCCCAGCCCCAACGUACCGCGACGAGAGAGGCAGCGCGAUCAGUGCUGGUCGCCGGUCACUGGCGUCCAAGGCAAGCGCCGAUAGCCGUCGUAGCCGAGCAUCCACUGGACUCCCUGGCGACCAGUCCGGUGGCAGCAAGAAGACCAGCGAUGGCCCGCCAGGCCCGCGGCACCAGCGCCACCAGCACCCCGACUGGCAAGGCAACCUCGACGCGCAAAGAGACACAAGCGCAGCCUCGAUGUUACCGCUAGCCGGGGACAGUCGCUUGAGCGCCAAGUCUUCCCAGCGUUCGCUGAGGCCGAUCGGUCCGGAGGAAGUUCCCCUCGACAAAAUGCUGGAAGAAAAACCCAAAGGGAAAUUCCUGGUGAUGCCGGACGGUACCUACGUACGUCUCCAGGAGAAGAACGUAUGGAUAAGAGCGAUGCAAGAAAAGUACCUAGCCAUUGACUACAAGGCAUGCAGCAUCAAAGUAGGUUUCGGUCUGAUGCUCAUCGGCUUCAUCUACAUCAUCAUGUUUCGUCAGGAUAUCUUAUUAAACAUGGCUAUAUUCCUGCGAGAUUACGUUUAUGAUCCAGAUACAGACGCGCAAAGCAAGGAAAAGUACAAGCAUGAUAAUAAAACUUCACCAGAACAGGGCAGCCUGCGGCUAUUCACAAGAAAAUUCAGUUUUGUUCGGCAUUUUAAUUCAUCUUUAGCGUGGACACGUCACUUUGACGCGAAAAAUCUUCCAGCACAGCCGAGAGCGCAGUGACAGUGCCGCCGACGCAAGUUCCAAGCCAUCCUGAUCGUCCGAACAGAGUGCGAGCUUGAAGAUCCAAAUAGCGAAUAGUCAUGACAAUUUAUGUAUUCAUCUGUAUUUAUGUAUAAUUUAUGCAACAAACCCGGUUGAGAAUUUAGGUAUUUAAGACAAAGCACUAUUAAAGUGUAAGCUGUACUAUGUACUCAUGCUUAAAGACCGUGUUGGCACAAAUUACUCCCAUUUCUAUUAGGACCGUCAGCAUCCCAAAAACCAUCCGAUCCAUCGGGUCAUUCGAGAUAUCAAUGUAAUCAUUAUGCUUAAGGUUUCCUAAACUGCGUUUGAAG